AGCUCAGUGAGCUGAUCAGAGAGAAAGCAUUCUGCCUGCCCAACUCCUACAAAUCGCAAUCAUUUCCUAACCUCCCCCUUUUUAACAUAUUUGAUCACUUUGAUUCUCUAUUCUUUUUCUUAUUAUUUUUCUGCGCAUGAAGGAGGUUCUAGGUUGUGAUCUUUUUGUUUUAGAAGGCAAUCAUUUGCUCGUCGGAGAGUUGACUUCAUUCUAAGAUCCCAAGCAUUGGCUUCAGUUGCGCGCCGCUGCUCGCGCUUUACCUCACAAGAAGAAAAAGGAGAAGCAGCAAUAUUUUUUUACCAGUUGAUGAUUUUCCUCAAGACUCGUGCUGGAACUUGAUAGCACUCGCUGCAGUGUGUACAUCAAUUGCGUUUUAUGCCGCUGACACGUCGUGUGCAAUUUGCUGUUCAGUUUCUUGAAUAGCCAUACCUCGUCUCAUUAUUACAAUCAGUUAGUCAACAUUUUUCCCUUGAUGGGUCUCCUGGAUGGCUGACUGUAAGCGCCCCUGGACUUGGCCUUUACGCGAAAGGCAGCGACUCAGCUCGCCAUCACAUCAGUUUUAAAACGUGAGCUUCGCAGCGGCUGCUACAGCGAUAGCCCUUAGAUAUCUCGACAUUUUUCGGAAGAUUCCACGGACAUUUGAAAACAGUACGGUAUUGACAAUUACUUGACUCGCCUAUAUUGAGUAUAACGUUUUGCAUUCUUUAGGCUUAACGUUCAUCGCUACACCAAAAACGGCAGACAAAAAGUUUAUUUUCGUUGACUGAUAGAUAUGGCAAUGGUAGUGUGGAGAGGCUCCCAGGACGAUGUGGCUGACACUCAAGGUACUCUUUCUUCGCAAGCCCAAGGAGGACUAUCCCUUCCAACCCCUCAACCAGGCCAGUUGAAUCUGACAGCCUCUCAGGUCGCCCCUCCGACCCCUCAGACACCCGUCCAAGGACCCCCAAACAACACGCAAUCUACGCCAACAAACCAGACGACGCAGAGUCAAUCGGAAAAGCAGCAACCGCAACACAUAGAAUGUGUGGUUUGUGGUGAUAAAUCUAGCGGUAAACAUUAUGGCCAGUUUACUUGCGAAGGGUGUAAAAGCUUCUUCAAACGGAGCGUACGAAGGAACCUCAGUUACACAUGCCGUGCCAACAGGAAUUGUCCUAUUGACCAGCACCAUCGCAAUCAGUGUCAGUACUGUCGCCUUAAAAAAUGCCUAAAAGUUGGCAUGAGACGGGAAGUUUCUCUUUUUACUGCAGCGGUGCAAAGGGGACGGAUGCCACCCACACAGCCACACCACGGCCAGUUCGCCUUGACAAAUGGGGACCCACUGCACUGCCAUUCUUACUUAUCCGGAUAUAUAUCUCUUCUGCUAAGAGCGGAGCCGUACCCUACGUCCCGGUAUGGCAGUCAAUGCAUGCAACCCAACAACAUCAUGGGUAUCGAGAACAUUUGUGAACUUGCAGCCAGGAUGCUCUUCAGCGCCGUGGAGUGGGCCAGGAAUAUCCCAUUCUUUCCAGACCUUCAGAUUACUGACCAGGUGGCUCUUCUGAGGUUGACCUGGAGUGAGUUGUUUGUGCUCAACGCCGCGCAGUGCUCCAUGCCUCUCCAUGUGGCUCCACUUCUUGCGGCGGCUGGCCUUCACGCCUCCCCCAUGUCUGCGGACAGAGUGGUCGCCUUUAUGGACCACAUUAGGAUCUUCCAAGAACAAGUGGAAAAGCUUAAAGCAUUGCACGUUGACUCUGCUGAAUACAGCUGCUUGAAGGCAAUUGUACUUUUCACUUCAGAUGCUUGUGGCCUCUCAGAUGUGGCCCAUGUGGAAAGUUUGCAAGAGAAGUCUCAAUGUGCCCUGGAGGAAUAUGUUCGGAGCCAGUAUCCCAAUCAGCCAACUCGUUUUGGGAAGUUGUUACUUCGCUUGCCUUCGCUCCGCACAGUCUCAUCUUCAGUCAUAGAGCAAUUAUUUUUCGUCCGAUUGGUAGGUAAAACCCCAAUUGAAACCCUCAUCAGGGAUAUGUUGCUUUCGGGGAGCAGUUUUAACUGGCCUUACAUGUCAAUUCAGUAAGCAGAAGGAAUGAACAAAGGGGCUAAGACUACAAUGGUUAGAGCCUCUUUUGUAGAAGGAAAACGGCUGUUACACGAGCUCGCUUUCAUGAAGAAAGACAUUGUGAAAUGACUGUGAAUUUCAAAAUUGAGACAUCCAGUGAACUUUCAAAAUGCAGAUAAAAGCUCCCAGUGUCAUUCGGAACAACCGGCUUCUUAUCCAUUUUUUAAGAAAGAAGAAAAUGAAACAAAAAAAUAUGAAAAGGAUUUUGGUAAUCCUUAAAAGGAAAACAAAUCUAUAAAGUGCAUUUAAAAUGAAAAAUUGGAAAAAAAACUUAAGGGAAAAGAAAAAGUAAGUUUUCUUUUUCCAACCUACUUGUCCUGUGUCCAUGUAUCUAUAGCUGUGUUUUGUAUUUUUAUUUUGUUCCUUCUUUCUGGUUCCAAACCGGCAUAUGUGAUUAUGUAGUACAGGUGGUGUUCUUUUCUAAAACCAUGAAUUAUUUUGAAACAGUAAAGUAAUGUACAAAUGUUCUUCAAGAAUUAAAAUUUAAUCCACAGCAAUAGGAAAAGGCUUAUGAAAAUACAUGCUUAAUGCUGCAAGCGCACUUACUAAAGAUGGCCCAAUUAACUGGGAAAGGGUGUUUUCCAGUUUUUAGUGUAACUUUUUGACCCAGCUAAAUAAUUUGCUUGUUUUAAAGGUUGAUAGAUGGACUGUCAGGGUCCAGUUACUUUUGUAACUAUUUCCAGUUAGGCUAGUCAGUGGAACAUCCGCUCUAAACUGGGAUUUUACAAGGGACAACUGCCUAUGCGACAACACAGGCCACCCUAAUUCUACCUUUACAUGGUAUUAAUGCAAAUGAAACCCUCAUACUUACAUGUAGCCUUUAAGUAUCUCUGUUCAACGAUGAUUCAUAGCCUAUAGCCUGAACUUUGGCAAAGUAAAACAACUAUCCAUACCUAUUUUCAAAUGGUCAUGGGUCAUAUAUGUUUUUACAUUGCUGGAAAAGGGUUUAAUAGCAGUAUUAUUAUGACCUCCCUGAAAUGUCACCCUUCACUUCAAGCAUUAAGUGCCUGACAAGCGCGAUGUAAUUUCUUAUCAAAAUGUUGAUUAAGUAAGCCUAUAGAACACAAUUACAUUUGAAACUUCAGUCUUAUGCUUGAGCAUUUCACUUGAAAACAUUUAUUAGAAGCAGUAUUGUUGUAAAUAUAGGUCAAUUCAUUUCAACGAGUUUUCCUUUAUACAAAGUAUAUGUGAUUAAGAAAUCUGUGGUUGCCAUUUUUUCGGUAAUACAACGUCUUCAAAUUAAGUGGCAGACUUAGCUAGUAGCACUGAAAGUUAUGUUUGUAAUGUAUAUACAUAUUACGACAAAUGUUUUCUUUUCAUGUAUUUAGACUGUGAAUGCAUGGCCACAGGUCGCUAACCUAUUUUACCUUUGAUAUAUAUAAAUGUAAAUGUUUUUUGACUGUAUAGAUAUAAUCUGUGCAUUCAGUACGCUAGCCCUUGUAUUUAAAAAAGAAACAAAACGUUCAAUAUUAGACUUAGACUAAACAGGGUGAGCUGGUUUGGAAAGGAGUACUAUUUUGACUUAGUGUUCUGCUCCUUCGGUCUACGACAGAUGCCUUGUGUGUGUGUGUGUGUGUGUGUCUGUGUGCGUGUGUGAGCGUGAGUGCGUGUGUGUUUUUGCAUGCAUGUGCACAUGCGUGCGUACAUGUGUGUGAAAGCUAGCAAUUUUGUCCUUGUUUUGAGGCUUUUCUUCAACACACAAGACACCAUGUUGUGGUCGGAUAAAAAGGGAUCAUAUUGUGUAGUUGAUUGAAUACUGAUCUUUGGCUGUUCCCAUGCCACAUAUGGACCAGAGAAUGAUACAUGAUUGUAAUUAUGAACAGUUUAAACUGACCCACGUUUUUAUAUAAAUAUAUAAAAAUAUAUGACUGCAGGGUAUUGAUAACGUAUAGAUACUUUUUUUUAUGACGAUUAUUAUUAUUAUUAUGAUUAUUAAUUGCAAGUGAUACAUGUGAGUGUGUGUGAAAGUUUAUAGUUAAACACAAUUCUUGUUUGUUUGUGUUAGCUUAUUGUAAACGAGCAUUCUGCUGUAAAUUUGUUCUUGGUAUUAAAUUAUAAUUUAUGAA